AUGUCGAUGCCCAAGGAGCCGGAGCUGGUUAUGAAGCUCCGAGGUGGAUCAGUCCUCGGCAAGAAGACCAUUCUUAAGAGCGACCAUUUCCCUGGCUGCCAGAACAAGCGCUUAACUCCUCACAUUGAUGGCGCUCCCAAUUACCGCCAGGCUGACAACUUACCUGUCCACGGUGUUGCGAUUCCAACCGUAGAGGGGAUCCGUAAUGUUAUUAAGCACAUACGAGCUAAGAAAGAUGGGAAGCGAGCCCAAGUUCUGUGGUUUAACCUUCGCGAGGAACCGUUGAUGUAUAUAAAUGGACGUCCAUUUGUAUUACGUGACGUAGAAAGGCCCUUCUCCAACCUUGAGUACACAGGAAUAAACAGGUCUAGGGUUGAACAAAUGGAGGCUCGAUUGAAGGAGGAUAUCCUGAUGGAAGCUGCUAGAUAUGGCAAUAAGAUUCUUGUUACGGAUGAAUUACCAGAUGGUCAGAUGGUGGACCAGUGGGAGCCUGUUUCGGGUGAUUCCGUGAAGACACCACUAGAGGUCUAUGAAGAAUUGCAAGUGGAAGGUUACCACUUUGACUAUGAGCGUGUUCCUAUAACUGAUGAAAAAUCACCGGAGGAGACUGAUUUUGAUAUCUUAGUUGAUAGAAUUUACCGGACAGAUUUGACUUCAGAUAUAAUUUUCAAUUGUCAAAUGGGACGCGGUCGGACAACAACUGGCAUGGUGAUAGCCACUUUGGUUUACCUUAACCGAAUGGGAGCUUCUGGUAUCCCAAGAACCAAUUCAGUUGGUAGAGUUUGUGACUCUGGUUCUGCUGUGAAUGAUAAUGUGCCUAACUCUGAGGAGGCAAUUCGUAGAGGAGAAUAUGCCGUAAUAAGAAGCUUGACGCGAGUUCUCGAGGGUGGUGUUGAAGGAAAAAGACAAGUGGACAAAGUCAUUGACAAGUGUGCUUCCAUGCAGAACCUGCGGGAAGCAAUUGCUACAUAUCGCAAUAGUAUUCUUCGUCAACCCGAUGAAAUGAAGAGGGAGGCGUCACUUUCAUUUUUCGUGGAAUACUUGGAAAGAUAUUACUUUCUUAUCUGCUUUGCUGUAUAUAUUCACUCAGAGAGAGAUGCCCUUCGCUCUAGUUCGUUUGGUCAUAGCAGUUUUGCCGACUGGAUGAAAGCUCGUCCAGAGUUGUACAGCAUUAUUCGGAGAUUGGUCAGACGAGAUCCCAUGGGUGCACUUGGAUAUGCAAGUUCGAAGCCAUCUCUGAUGAAGAUUGCUGAAUCUGCUGAUGGUCGUCCUUAUGAGAUGGGGGUUGUUGCUGCAUUGAGGGAUGGAGAGGUUCUAGGAAGUCAAACCGUUUUGAAAAGUGACCACUGUCCAGGUUGCCAAAAUACUAAUCUACCGGAGAGGGUGGAGGGUGCACCCAAUUUCCGAGAAGUUCCAGGGUUUCCAGUUUAUGGCGUUGCGAAUCCCACAAUAGAUGGUAUUCUCUCGGUCAUUAAGAGGAUCGGCAGUUCUAAAGGCCGUCGGCCAGUUUUCUGGCACAACAUGAGAGAAGAACCUGUUAUCUACAUCAAUGGGAAACCAUUUGUUCUCCGUGAAGUUGAAAGACCAUACAAAAACAUGCUGGAGUAUUCGGGAAUUGAUCGUAAGAGAGUAGAGAGAAUGGAAGCUCGGUUGAAAGAAGAUAUACUGAGAGAGUCUGAACGUUAUGGUGGUGCAAUAAUGGUCAUUCAUGAAACAGAGGAUGGCCAAAUAUUUGACGCUUGGGAGCAUGUGAAUUAUGAAUCUGUGAAGACUCCACUGGAGGUCUUCAAAUGCUUAGAAGCUGAUGGGUUUCCCAUUAAAUAUGCCCGUGUUCCUAUCACUGAUGGUAAAGCUCCCAAGAGCUCUGACUUCGACAUAUUGGCAACAAAUAUUGCUUCUGCUUCUCAGGAUACUGCUUUUGUCUUCAAUUGUCAGAUGGGAAGGGGAAGGACCACUACGGGUACAGUCAUUGCCUGUCUUGUGAAACGGCGAGUAGACUAUGGAAAACCAAUUAAAGUCUUACCGGAUGAUAUGAUCCACGAUGAGGAGGAUGGUGGCAGCUCAAGUGGGGAAGAGACCGGAGGGAAUGUUGGGUCCAGUUCUGAUACUAUUGGAGUACUAACGGAGAAGGAGCCAGGUCGUGCUUUUGGCAUUGAUGAUAUCCUCUUGCUAUGGAAGAUAACGAGAUUAUUUGUUAAUGGGGUUGAAUGUCGUGAGGCUUUAGAUGCCAUCAUCGACAGAUGUUCUGCUCUUCAGAACAUCCGCCAAGCUGUGCUGCAGUAUAGGAAAGUGAUCAACCAACAACAUGUGGAGCCAAGAGUUAGGAGAGUGGCACUGAACCGUGGUGCUGAAUAUCUAGAGCGUUAUUUUCGGUUGAUUGCUUUUGCUGCUUAUCUUGGAAGCGAAGCAUUUGAUGGAUUUUGUGGUCAAGGAGAAUCUAGAAUGACUUUCAAGAGUUGGCUGCAUCAACGACCUGAGGUCCAAGCAAUGAAAUGGAGCAUAAGACUGAGGCCUGGGCGAUUCUUUACUAUCCCUGAGGGGUUAAGAGCACCACAGGAAUCUCAACAUGGAGAUGCAGUAAUGGAGGCCACAAUCAAGUCCCGAAGUGGUUCAGUUUUGGGGAAGGGCUGCAUACUUAAAAUGUACUUCUUUCCUGGUCAAAGGACAUCCAGCCACAUACAAAUUCAUGGGGCGCCACAUGUUUUCAAGGUGGAUGGAUACCCAGUGUAUAGCAUGGCAACUCCAACCAUUGCUGGUGCUAAAGAGAUGCUAACAUUUUUAGGAGCCAUGCCUAAGGUGGGAUCAGCCACUAAAAAAGUGAUAUUGACUGAUCUCAGAGAAGAAGCCGUUGUUUACAUCAAUGGCACACCGUUUGUCCUCGGAGAGUUGAACAAACCUGUUGAUGCAUUGAAGCAUGUUGGAAUCACCGGACCAGUGGUGGAAAACAUGGAGGCGCGGCUUAAAGAAAACAUAGUGUCUGAAGUGAGACAUUCUGGUGGACGAAUGCUUUUGCAUCGUGAAGAGUAUAAUCCAGCAACAAAUCAAUCCAGUGUUGUUGGUUAUUGGGAAAACAUCGUUACAGAGGACGUGAAGACACCUGCAGAGGUGUACGCUGCCCUAAUGGACGAGGGCUAUGAUAUAGCAUACAGAAGGAUACCUUUGACCCGUGAAAGGGAGGCUGUGGCUUCUGAUAUUGAUGCUAUUCAGGACCGUAAGGAUGAUGGUGCAGAUUGUUACCUUUUUGUUUCACACACUGGGUUUGGUGGAGUGGCCUAUGCAAUGGCGAUCAUCUGUACUCUACUCGGUGCAGAAGGGAACUUCGCAUCAGAUAUUGGACCGCAACUGUCUGUUCCGCAUCCAUUAUCUCUGCAGCCCGAUAGCUUGCUCUCUCAAUCUUCAGAUGAAGAAGCUCUUAGACUGGGCGACUACCGAGACAUACUAAAUCUUACAAGAGUUCUCAUGUAUGGUCCAAAGAGCAAAGCAGACGUUGACAUUGUUAUUGAGAAGUGUGCUGGAGCAGGACAUUUACGUGAUGAUAUACUUCGGUACACCAACAAACUUAAGAAGUUUCAUGAUGGGGAUGAUGAGCAACGUGCACACCUCAUGGAUAUGGGCAUUAAGGCCUUGAGGCGGUAUUUCUUUCUGAUAACGUUCAGAUCAUACCUCAACAGCCGGAAGCCGACAGAAACAAGAUUCACAGAGUGGAUGAAGAGUAGGCCUGAACUAGGACAUCUCUGCAAUAACUUGAGGAUCGAUAAGUAG